UGUUAUGUCACUUUUCACAACAGGAUGUCUUUCUAUAGCUAUUUUACCGUAAUUUAAUUCAGUCAUGUGCACUGAAUUUUACAUUUAGUAUUUAAUGACGUGUUAUGUGAAAUCAGUAGGAUUGCCCAUUAGAAUUGUGUGCUGUUAGUAGAUUUGUUUGGUAUCAAAGUUUUCUUAUAAAAAGAUCUCAUAUUGGCAGCACAAGUAUCAAAUAUAGCAUGUCGAUGUGGUGAUUUACUGCACUAGUAACAUUAAUAUUUACAAUACAGGUAUUUAAAAACAAAUUAUUACUUUUUUUUUAGCUAGUGCAUUUUUUCCAAUGCAUGACUAUCCACUACAGAUAAGGGUACGAUUUUGACCGAGUCCAUUCUUUGUUGUUUUAAGUUCAAGAUUAAUUUUGACUUUAUUGAUCCUAGGAGGAAAGUUUCUUUAUGCACUAUAGCUCCCAGGCAGGGGACAUAAUGAAGACGAUUCAGUGUGGGUUUGACCCACCCUGCCGUAUAAAUCAUGCACAAAUGUUGGUUACCAUUUGACAAUGGAGUUCUGUACAAUAAGUGCAUGUAACAAUGCACUAUGUAAUAACUAAACAAAAUAUAACAAAUUUUCAUCACAUAAUGCGAUGUUAUUACAUAAUGCAUUGUUACACACCACAUCAUAUAACACCGCAUCAUGUAAUAACUUGACAAAGUGCAACAAAUUUAUAGACUACAUUAUAAUUUUAUAUUGCAGCAUUACCUUAUUAUUAUUAUUAACAUAGUUAUAAUUAUCAUCUCUCAAUUUGUUACAUUGUUGAGUUAUUGCAUAAUGCUGCAUUAUUACAUAAUAUGUUGUGCAAUAUAGCCCUAUUAAAUGAGAUUGAAGAGUACCUCAAAAGAAGAGUUGUUGAAGCUCAUAAUGGUACUUUAUUUGCCAUUCUGCAUGUACAGUACAUAGCAAUUCUUUAGCUUUGAAACAUCCCCACCUGAUCUUCUAUGAGACACGCUGUAUACGUCUAGGUGGGAGAGAAGUUACGGUUAAGGGUCUUGUUCAAGAGCUUAGCAGUUAUACUAUGGCAGCCACCGCCUUUGAAUCAGUGACAUUUCGACAUGACCAUGUAACCCGCAGAGCCACAGACUGCCGGCAAGGAUUAAGCAAGAAUGUUUAAAGACACUAGUAGUCAGUCACCAGACAGAUUUCCAAUUCACAGAUUUACCAAUUCAACCUCUUGCUCAAGUCGUGGAUCUUCUACAGUAGUCAUUGUAAUGUUACCAGAGUAAUGUUCAUGGGAGGUUACGCUGGAAGACAUUUCAACAAACCUCGCUGUACAGCUCAAGUUCGCUGAAGACCACAUGCAUGAUCCAAAAUGCAAGGGUGAAAUCAGCAACAGAUUCUAUAUUUUAGCUAAUUCAGCACCUUAGCCUAAUUCAUAGUUCAGUUUGCUCAAUUAAGAUACAGUAUGUAAAAUGCUGUGUGCAGUGUGUUAAAUGAUAUUCUCCAGGUUAAAGGGGAGACACUAAACCAGCAAACAUAUAUGGCCAAUGAAUAAUAAUAAAUAAUUUGGUCACAUGACAUACUUCGCAAUUUUGAUGUCACACAUUGAACACAUCCGGGUUUCAUUUUCACAGCCACACAAGCUGAAGGUUUUUGUCAGCUUCCUCACAAACCAGGAUGUUCAGAUCUCGUGGUUAAGGCCAACAUACGAGAAGGCUACCAACUGGACUAUUAUUUUUUGGUUGAGUUUUGUGGCUAUUUGAAAACAAAACGAAAAAGUAUUAUGCUGUAAAAUACACUUCCAGAAAUAUUAAAACACAUUUGAUGCAAUAUAUUUAGCUUCUCUGACGAAACAAAGGUAAACUUAUAGCCAAUGUAUUUUGUUGAACAUCUGAAGCAGCAACAUCUCUUCAGCGAGGAAGAGAGGCACCUACGUGCUAAUGACAGAGAGCUCAAUCUUUCCUACAAAUAUGGAACAAAUGCCAUAAAAACCUCUAAAUACAACUUGAUUACCUUCCUGCCUCUGAACUUUUUCGAGCAGUUCCAGAGAAUAGCCAAUGCCUAUUUCCUCUUCCUCCUCAUCCUCCAGCUGAUCCCGGCCAUUUCCUCGCUUUCCUGGUUCACCACUGUGGUUCCGCUGGUCUUGGUGUUGUCAAUCACAGCGGCGAAAGAUGCCAGUGACGACAUCAACAGGCACAAAAGUGACAAGCAGGUCAACAACCGUCUGGUCGACGUCCUAAUCAAUGGAGAGCUAAGGAGUGAAAAAUGGAUGAAUGUUCAAGUGGGAGAUAUCAUUAAACUGGAAAACAACCAGUUUGUAACGGCUGACCUGCUUCUGCUGUCCAGCAGUGAACCACUGAACCUGGUCUACAUCGAGACAGCAGAGCUGGAUGGUGAAACCAACCUGAAAGUGAAACAGUCACUAACAGUAACUGGGGAAAUGGGAGACAGCAUUGCCAAGCUGGCUGCCUUCAAUGGUGAAGUCCGCUGUGAGCCCCCAAACAACAGGCUGGAUAAAUUUACGGGCACCAUGACCUUUCAGGGGCAGAAGUACUCCCUGGACAAUGAGAAGAUCCUUCUCCGUGGUUGCAGAUUGAGGAACACAGACUGGUGCUUUGGUCUGGUGAUCUUUGGUGGUCACGAGACUAAGUUGAUGCAGAACUGUGGCAAGACGACAUUCAAGCGCACAAGCAUUGACCACCUCAUGAAUGUGCUGGUCCUCUGUAUCUUUGGCUUCCUCGCCUUCAUGUGCACCAUUCUAGCCAUUGGAAAUGGGAUCUGGGAGCACAAGGAGGGCACUGUGUUCACCGCAUUCUUGCCCCGGGACGAAGGGGUGAAUGCUUCCUUUUCUGCAUUUCUCACCUUCUGGUCCUAUGUCAUCAUCCUAAACACUGUGGUGCCCAUAUCUCUCUAUGUCAGUGUGGAGAUCAUCCGAUUGGGUAACAGCUUCUACAUUGACUGGGACAGGAAGAUGUAUUACCCUCGCAGUGACACGCCCGCUGAGGCCCGCACUACCACUCUUAACGAGGAGCUCGGCCAGAUCAAGUAUAUCUUUUCUGAUAAGACUGGCACACUCACCCAGAACAUCAUGACCUUCAACAAGUGCUCUAUCAAUGGAAAGUCCUAUGGUGAUGUGUUGGACUUUGCCGGACAGAGAGUGGAGAUAACAGAGAAGACCGAGAAAGUGGACUUCUCCUACAAUCCACUGGCUGACCCCAAAUUCUACUUCCAUGACCACAGUCUGGUGGAGGCUGUGAAGCUGGAGGACCCAGAGGUGCACCAGUUCUUCCGUCUGCUGGGACUAUGUCACACUGUCAUGGCAGAGGAGAAGAAGGCCGGUGACCUCCUGUACCAAGCCCAGUCGCCAGAUGAGGGCGCCCUGGUCACCGCUGCCCGAAAUUUUGGUUUUGUGUUCCGAUCCCGCACCCCAGAAACAGUCAAUAUUGUGGAGAUGGGCGUUCAGAAGAGCUAUGAACUAGAGGCGAUCCUGGACUUCAACAACGUCCGCAAGAGGAUGUCUGUCAUUGUACGCAGUCCAGAGGGGAAGCUCUCACUGUACUGUAAGGGUGCAGACACCAUUGUGUACGAGAGACUGCACCCCUCCUGCAGCAAGCUUAUGGACAUCACCACUGAGCACCUGAAUGAGUUUGCGGGCGAGGGACUCCGCACACUGGUCCUGGCCCACAAAGAACUGGAUGAGGCCUACUUUCAAAGCUGGAAGGCCCGGCACCACGAGGCCAGCACUGCCCUGGAGGAGCGCGAGGAGAAGCUGGACGAGCUCUAUGAGGAGAUAGAGAAAGACCUGCUGCUGUUAGGGGCUACAGCCAUUGAGGACAAACUCCAAGAUGGCGUCCCCCAGGCCAUUGAGGAACUCUCUAAGGCCGACAUAAAGAUAUGGGUGCUGACAGGUGACAAGCAGGAGACAGCAGAGAACAUUGGAUACUCGUGCAACCUUCUACGAGAGGAGAUGGAUGAAGUGUUCAUAGUGGCAGCAAACUCAUCAGAAGAAGUGAAACAGGAGCUACAGAAUGCAAGGAAGAAAAUGAAGCCUGAUUCAGAGGAUGAGCCUAUAAUCAUUGAAAGUGGAAUUCUGGGUAAAAAGUCCAAGAUGGUCGCUGAUGAGACUGUAGAUGGAGAGUAUGGCUUGGUGAUUAAUGGACACAGUUUGGCCUUUGCCCUGGAGAAGGGCCUGGAACUGGGUUUCCUGCGGACAGCCAAUAUGUGUAAGACCGUGAUCUGCUGCCGGGUCACACCCCUGCAGAAAGCCCAGGUGGUGCAGCUGGUCAAAAAGUACAAGAAUGCUGUCACCCUCGCCAUUGGGGACGGGGCCAACGACGUCAGCAUGAUCAAGGCGGCCCACAUCGGUGUGGGUAUCAGUGGCCAGGAGGGCAUGCAGGCAGUGCUUUCCAGCGAUUUCUCCUUCGCACAGUUCCGUUACCUGCAGCGCCUCCUGCUGGUCCACGGCCGCUGGUCUUACCUGCGCAUGUGCAAGUUUCUGCGCUACUUCUUCUACAAGAACUUCACCUUCACCUUGGUACACUUCUGGUACGCCUUCUUCUGUGGGUUUUCUGCACAGACGGUAUACGAUGAAUGGUUUAUCACUCUGUACAACCUGGUCUACACUGCUCUUCCUGUGUUGGGAAUGAGUCUGUUUGAGCAGGAUGUUAAUGAUCGCUGGAGCUUCCAGUACCCACAGCUGUAUGCCCCUGGGCAGCUGAACCUGUACUUCAACAAAGCCGCCUUCAUCAUGUGUGUCAUGCACAGCUGCUACAGCUCCCUCGUGCUCUUUUUCGUCCCGUACGCCGCCAUGUAUGACACAGUGCGUGACGAUGGCCGGGAAAUCGCCGACUACCAGUCGUUUGCGCUGCUGGCUCAGACCUGUCUGCUCAUUACCGUUUCCAUCCAGCUGGGGCUGGACACCGCUUACUGGACAGCAGUGAACCAGUUCUUUCUCUGGGGAAGCCUGGCGGUUUACUUUGCCAUCACGUUCACCAUGUACAGCAAUGGCAUGUACCUCAUCUUCACCGCCUCCUUCCCCUUCAUUGGCACGGCGAGAAAUUCCCUGAAUCAGCCCAAUGUGUGGCUGACCAUCAUCCUUACAUCAAUCCUGUGUGUACUUCCAGUAGUGGCUUUCCGUUUCCUGCUCAUCCAGCUGUACCCUACCAUCAAUGACAGGGUGAGGUUCAAAGUGAGAGAAGCGAAGGCAGCUCCACCCCCGUUACCCAAGCGUGCCCGUCUCCGCCGCACCAGCUCCCGCCGCUCGGGCUACGCCUUCUCUCACACUCAGGGCUACGGUGACCUGGUGACCUCCAGGCGUUUCCUGCGGCGACCCGCCAUCGGCCAUGCGGGCGGGUUCAGUCCAUCUGGCCGACAGCAAAGUUCCGCAAGGCAGGAGAGCCUCCCGCAGACGUACCGUGCUGUGGGAGAGGCCUCCAGACGCGUGUGAAAGGAUCCAAGGCAGUUCGGACCAAGUUUGGUCCCCGUGGGACGUAGCACCUACGGCACAGAGUGUGUCUGUGGAACAGCAAGACCUUCAGUACAGCAUGAAAAGGGAUUUCAUUAAAGACACAAAGAAUUGCCCAGUGUUGAAGCAGUGAGGGAUAUUCUCCAUGAUAUACCUGGAACCAGCACAUUCAAUGUACCUGGAACCAGCACAUUCAAUGUACCUGGAACCAGCACAUUCAAUGUACCUGGAACCAGCACAUUCAAUGUACCUGGAACCAGCACAUUCAAAUGAGUGUCUGGAAGAAAACAUCGUCUCUGUGGUGCAGGUUACUUCUGUGUCAGAUAUUCUUAUUGCAUGUUAAAUAUUAUUUGAGAUGACCAAGAAUAUAGUAUUAAUUGAAUUUAAUUUUAUAUUUGAUUUGCUGGACACUAAAGACUUGGUGAGUGACCUCACACCUCCAGGGUUGUGACUGAGACACUGACUGGCUCUGUGUGUGUAAGUCCUCCCUGUGUUUAUGUCGGUCUUCUCUGGAUACUCUUCUGUCCUCCUGCAGUUCAAAAAUAUUUGUGUAUGUGAAUUGGUGUCUCUAAAUUAGCCAUGAUAUGGGCCCUGUGAUAGACUGGCAUCCAGUCCAAGGUGCCCUUUGCCAACGCCCUAUGCCUCAUGGGACAGACUCCCAGCUCCCCAUGACUGUACUAGAUAAGCAGUUACUGAAAAUGAAUGGAUGAUAAAGACCAAAUUACAAAUAAUUUUCCACUUCUUGAGUUUGACUCCAAAACAUUUUGGAAUUUUCGUGAUAUCCUUAUCAGGAAUUAAUCCUAAUCAGUGACCUUUGUGGCCUUUUUAAUAACUAAAAUAAAAAUACAGUGCCACUAAUAACACUAAUCAUGCAGUAUUUCUUUGUUUUUUUAUUUCAUUUUGAUCUUUUGUAUGUUUGUCAAUCUGAUCUGGUCAGUGCAAUAAUUCAUUGCCAGCUAAACGAAUCACCAAGUUCUUUAACCCGUAAAUAUACCAAACUGGUAGAGAGCCAUGUUUAGAGACUCUGCUCAUUCCAGACUCUAUAUGCAUGUACUGUACUAUGAAAACGUUUAUAUAUUAUAUGGAUUUAUUAUUGUUGCCUAAAACAUCAUUUUGUGUGGUCUAACUUAUUUGCAUACACAAUUGGUUACCGGCCUUGGUACUGAUUGGUGUAUGGCAUGUUUGUUUUUGUUUCAGGAAUCGUAAAUUCAAUCCAUACAUGGAGUUUUAUUCUUAACGAUCCUUGUAGCCAGUUAGUGGUCAUACAUAGUAUUUAGACUAAUGCAUUCCUGAGAAAUCGCUUAAGUAAAAUUCUAUUAUGACAUGGUAUAGGGCAAACAGAGCUAACAAAAUAAUUGUAUUUCUGCAUAUACAUGACUCUUCUAGGACGGAAUUUAGGGUCUUUGGCUUAGGCAGUGGAUUCUAACCUCUGAGACCUGCAGUCUGUGAAGGUUAAUGCAAUAGUCAUUCAACUGUGAUCAAUGUUAGGUAAAUAGUUUGACACAAAGAUAAUUUGUUGAUUGUAUAUCAGUAUGGUUUGAUGUUUACAAAAGUAAAAUUUUUCCUUUUUUGUUUUGUAAAUUUUAAUGAGGAUUUUUUUUUAAAGGCCUAGAUAUACAGUAAUAGGAAUAGGAAUGAGUUUGUGGCUUGAUCAAUCGCUCAGAUUUUGAAGCACUUAUUUUUUUCAAGGGACCAAAAUCAUAACAAGAUGUCAGACACAUUUUUCCCCAUUACCUUCUCUAUGCAUUAAGGUAAUACUGAAAUACUUUUAGGCAAGACCAAAUAGACCACAAAUGCAUGUUCAUUAAAUCUGUCCAUAUUGCCUAGAAAAUAUGCAUGUCAGUUACUCCUUUGCGAAUUUAGUAAAGUGCAUAUACACAGGCAGGAAACGGCAUAUUUUGGGGAUACUUUUGUUACCUUUAAUUAUUAUCUUUUAAUAUAACACAGUCAUAUAUCAAACUGAAAUGCAAUACACUAAAGGAUAAUUGUGCUUAGAAAUAUGGUAUUCCUGAUUAAAGUUAAGAAAAUUAGCGUUAUCUGGGUUAUUUAUCUCUGAUGCAUUUUUUUCUGUUCAAAUGUCAUUGUGUUGUUUUCGAAUAAUCACUGCUUUAUUUUGGCUGUAAUGUCCAGAUGUAUCAGACUAUAAAUCUUUCACCGAUUUUGAUAAAAGAUAUGUUAUGUGGAAAAAUAAAUGCAUGAUGUUUUUAGUAA